UUAUAACUCUUAUCACUUUCUCCGGUUUUUCGAUAUAUAGAUUCAAAUCUAGCUAACUAGCUAUCAAGUCCUUAUUCUCUUCAGCUGAAUUAACUACUGAAGUUGCUAGCUCUCCCCUUUCUUUAUAACUAAACUACUUAUUCUUAGUUUGAUCUCAAAAAAGUCACCUCCCAACCCUGCGUUUUCCCCUUUUCCUCUUUUCUGACUAGCCAGUACUUUCACCGAGUAUUUCUUUUUUCCUACCGUACUUGUUAAUUUACUACUGCAUACAUAUCUUCUCUUUUUGAAAUCCCAAAGUGAGCUCUUUUUGCUAAGAUUUAGAUCAUAUUAAACACAAGCAAGUACUAGAUAUCUAUAUCUUUAGAGAUUAAAUCAACAUGUCUAGCAGAAGGUCGAGGCAAUCGGGGUCUUCUAGGAUCUCAGAUGACCAAAUACUUGAACUGGUUUCCAAGUUACGCCAACUCGUUCCUGAGAUUCGGAAUAGGCCCUCCGGCAAGGUAUCAGCAUCGAAGGUCCUACAAGAGACCUGCAACUACAUCAGGAACUUAAACAGAGAAGUGGACGACCUAAGUGACCGUCUGUCCCAGCUGUUGGCUACCAUUGACGCUGAUAGCGCCGAGGCAGCAAUUAUUAGGAGCCUAGUCACGCAAUAGAGCGAGAGAAAGAGAGAUUUCAGAGAAACUACUCCUAUUUAUAUAUAUUUAUACAUACAAUAUGUAUGCAUGGGCUUUCUUUUCUCUAGAGCUUGCUAUAUAUAUAUAUAUAUGCUAUAAUUUAUCAUAUAUCAUAUAAUAUAUAUAUAUAUUAUAAAUUUAUAGUUGUUGAUGAUCUCUUUGUUUGGCUAGGUUUUUCUCUAUGUUUCGGUCUGAUCCAACAUUUAUUAAAUGUUUGGGAUGUACGUACCUAUGAUCAUUACGAGGUUAUUUCCUGUGCGGCUAUAGCACUGUAAUUAAGCUCAUAUUUUGUACUAAUAAAAACUAGGGUAUUUGCACUAUAUAUAGCAAAUCCCUUAUAUAUAUAUAUAUGAAGAUGAUUUAUAUA